AUGAGACAGCUUGAGUUGAAGUUGCCCUUCAUCGACGCCUUGAUGCUCAUUCCACCUUAUCAGAAAUUUCUGAAGGAUGCUGUUCAGCAAAGAACCAGGGAAGCACAAGGGAUGGUAGUGUUGACUCGUGAGUGCAGUGCAAUCAUUCAGCGGAAGGUCAUCUCCGACAAAAAGGAAGAUCCGGGGAGUUUCACUUUGCCCUGCAUGUUGGGACCCCUAUCUUUCAAAAACAGCCUCUGCGAUCUAGGAUCAUCUGUCAGCCUCAUGCCUUUGUCUGUAGCAAAGAGACUGGGAUAUCACAAGUACCAAGCCUGCGGAAUCUCACUAGUCUUGGCAGAUAGAUCGAUAAGGUUACCAACUGGGAUGCUUGAAGACCUGCCUUUGAGGAUAGGGAAUGUGGAAAUCCCCACAGACUUCAUUGUGCUUGAGAUGGAUGAGGAACCAACAGAUCCAUUGAUUCUAGGAAGGCCAUUCCUAGCUACAGCAAGAGCAAUGAUAGAUGUCUGUGAAGGAACAAUUGAGUUAAACUUGGGAAAGGACCUAAGAUGA